AUGGCGUCCAGCCGUCAGGUGCCUCGUACUGCUGCAAAACUCUUUACCGGCCAGAACAUAUGGGUCGACCCAAGUCUGCCUUCCGCAACGACCAUUACGAACCUGAUCAGCCAACACGGCGGUCUCGUCUGCUCUUCCCUGGCUACCAGUCAAGUCCUCAUUAUCGAUCCCACGUCGACAGUGGUGUUCGAAGAAUACUGCCAUCCGAAAUGGCUCCCGCUGUCGAAGCGGCUGAGGCAUAAGCGGCUCGUCCGGGGUGGGGCGGUCGAGCAAUGGAAAUUGAGAGUGAUGGUGGGAGAAGAGUGGGUGGGGGAGUGUAUUGCGGCAGGGAGGAUGUUAGGUGAUGAUGAUCAGUGGGGAGGCUAUCGGAGGGGAGGGCCACCUACGGAAGAGGGUGAUGAUCCACCGGCCCAGAUACAUGUCAUCAACCACAUCACCCAAGUCGAUCCUCCAGCCGAGCAACUUCCCCAGUCCCCCUACCAAGCCCCUACUUCACCUCGGCAAGUCAUCAGACCGGCCAAACGGCGCCCUUCUGGAUCGUCGCAAGCAGGUAUGGCAUCGCCGAGCCACUCUAUCCCAGCAACGACCUUCUCGGGCCUUCCGAGACCGGCCAAAAGAAAGCAGCCCUCCACUCCGGACCGCGACGAAUCGUCGACUCUUUCGUCGGCCACCCAAGCGCGCUAUGGCCAAUCAUACGAGAAUAAACUGGCUCUCGCCAAGAUAUUCAAGCGGGACUAUGACACGCCAUGGGAGUGGGCGUCAUCGAGCAUGGUAGCAAAGGAAGUCGCCAAGAAGACUGGCCAGCUUCCUAAGAGCGUGGAGAAUAGGUUCGGCCAGUGGCGCUGUCGAAACGAUCGCUUCAAGGACAUCCCAGAAGAGUUCCAACCGAGCAGGAUUGGCGACUCGGCAUCCCGGCCCAUCCCUCCGAGUCAAGGGCGAUCCGGGUCUGUGGCGUCGGACUUCAGCUCUGCGCCAUCUCUAUGGAGCCCGGAGGAACGGGAAGCAAAGCGAGUUCGUGGCGAUACCGACCACGCUCCUCAAUCGGCGACCGCGAAGAAGCGCCGUCCUCCCCAGCCCAACCCGGCGACAAAAACGGUGGAGGAGCUAGACGCGCUGUUCCGACAGGCGCACCCUCUCGCUCUUCGCGACGGAUCCGAUACGCUGUCUGCGUGUCGAUGGCUCGAAAGUAUGCAUACGGGCUACUUACCCCACAGCCUUGCACCUUUAUACAAGACAUGGCGAGAGGGACAACGCCGCUUCACCUCCUUCAACUUCGAUACCGAGUACAGACAGUAUCUGUCUAUACUUGAACGUUGUAUCCCACUCGUCCGGAGAGGUGUUACGGUCGAAAGAUUGUCGGCUCGGAUGGCCGCGGCGCAAAAUGAUGGCCAAACGAGUGCGGCAGUUUGGGAGACGCGCCUAGGGAACUUUCUCCGCACGAUCCCACCGAACGACGCCAUGUCCUCACAAGAACGGGCCAGACAGGAGGCGGAUAUUGUCAGGACUGCGGUGGCGAAAGUGUUCAAGAGGGACUAUGAUGUCCAGGGAUUGACCCCGGCGGAAGUGGGACGUGAUAUGGCAGCCAAGCUACCCGAAUACUCGGCAGGCUCCAUAGAAGGCUACUAUCGAAAGUGGGCCCGCCGAGACUUCACAUUCUCCCGCAUACCCGAUGAACUGCAGCCAGUUCGCGCGAAUCAGUCGCCCUCUUCGGUCAUCAGGGGCAAUCUCACUCCCUCCAAGCGGGAAGAAUUAGACGGCGGUCAGAGACCACACGAGACACAGCGGUCUAUUCGAUACCAAGCCGGAAAAUUCGUUUCCAGAGGCGGGGUGGUUUCGCCGGCCGGGAAGGUGAAGGGGCGAGAGCCAUCGGUGGACGAGGGGCUCGUCUUCAGCUCGGGAGAGGAAGAUUUUUAG